GCCGCGGGCCGGCCCCCUCGCAUCUCAUUAGCAUAGAUUAACGCUGGGGGAGCUCGAGUGCAGGUGCAGCGCCUGCGAGAGGGAGCAAGAGCGAGAGACCGGCAGAGGGAAAAGCGAGCAAAGCGGCGCGAUGCGUUCGGCAGGGAGCGGCGGCAGGCAUUCGCCUUUGGUGGCCGCGGCGGGGAUUUUGCUGCUCUGCGUUGCCGGCAGAGCCAGAGCUCAGGAGGUCCAAGCUGAGAAUGUGACGGUGGCGGAAGGUGGCCAGGCCGAGAUCAACUGCAAAUUGCACCAGUACGACGGCUCCAUAGUGGUGAUCCAGAACCCAUCCCGCCAGACGCUCUUCUUCAACGGCACACGGGCCCUGAAGGACGAGCGGUUCCAGCUGGUGGAGUUCACCCAGAAGCAAGUCCGUAUCGUGCUCUCCAACGCCCGUCUGGAAGAUGAGGGUGGCUACUUCUGCCAGCUCUAUACAGAAGACACGCACCACCAGAUCGCCAUCCUUACUGUGCUGGUGCCCCCUGACAACCCCUUGGUGGAGGUGAAAGAACAGGCGGUGGAAGGAGGAGAAGUUGAACUCACCUGCAGCAUCCCCAGGUCACGCCCUGCUGCCACCCUGCGCUGGUACCGGGAUCGAAGAGAACUAAGAGGAAUAAGCAGCAAACAAGAGAAUGGGAAAGUGUUCAGCAUUACCAAUGUGGUGCGCUUCCGAGUAGAGCGCAAGGACCAUAGCAGCAUCGUGACAUGCGAGGCCACCCACCCUGCACUGCGUGGGCAGCGGAAGCAGACGCAGUACGUGCUAGAUGUACAGUACUCACCCACAGCAAGGAUCCAUCCGCCUCAGGGGGUGAUGCGGGAAGGAGACACUUUAGUUCUGACUUGUGCCGUCAAUGGCAACCCACUCCCCACGGAUAUCAAAUGGAGCCGAGCAAAUGACUCCUUGCCUGAACGGGCCCUGAUAGAGGGCGAGGUGCUGACCAUCCCCAGCCUCAGCAUGCUGGAUAACGGUACCUACUUGUGCCAGGUGGCCAACAAGCAUGGGCGCUCAUCGGACCAAUAUGUGCUGGUGGUUUACGACCCCGGGGCUAUCGUGGAGGCCCAGACUUCAGUGCCCUAUGCCAUUGUUGGGGGCAUCCUGGCUCUCCUUGUCUUCCUCGUCAUCUGCGUGCUUAUAGUCAUGGUGUGGUGCUCCAUCCGGCAGAAGGGCUCCUACCUGACGCACGAAGCAAGCGGCCUGGACGAGCAUGGAGAAGCCCGCGAGGCCUUCCUCAAUGGUGGCGAUGGCCAUAAACGCAAGGAGGAAUUCUUCAUCUAAGCCGCAGAGAGGG